AUGUCGCAUGCGGGGCAACACAAUGGCCGGGUCGACACCCUGGUGAUGCACCCCGACAAGCAUGUCAGCCUCCCAAGCGAAGAGCUGCUCGCCGCACUGCGCGGCCGGCUGGCGCCCGAUGACCGACCAAAGUUCGACGACCUGGUCAAACUCAUGGAGGGGGUGGCGUCUUUUGACUUCAUGGACCUCAAGGCAAGCAGCUUCCGCACAGCUGCUGCCUUCAGCCUAUCAGCCGCUCCCCUGGCUCUGUUUGGCGGCAUGGCUCGUGGUUGCGAGCGCAUGCGCACCAAUUUCCUGCCGUUUGCCAGCGGCGCGCGCAACCAGGUGUACCUGCAGCGCAACUCGAAGGGCAUGCCCACCACAAGCGUCCUCGACACAAAAGAGCUUGAAUUUGUGGGCGACGUCUUUGAUGUUCUGCGCGCCAGCCACUACCACAUGCUCACCCGCGCCGAGUGGGAGCUGGCCCUGUCCGAGUCCUUCAAGCUGACGCUGCCGCUGGAGGUGGAGUGGGGCUACAUGGACGAGAAGCUGCUCAAGAGGUUCUGGGCGUCGACGCCUGAGAGGCGGGAGCUGCGGAAGCACGUGCCAGAGGAGGUGGCCGACCGCAUCCUGGUGUUCCACCGCGGGCUGGGCCUCGCCAAGCUCAAGGGCGUAUUUUGGCAGGAAAAGAUCGACCUGCUCUGCGAGUACACGCUCGUGCGGGCCCUCAACGCGCUCCGCGCAAAGCUGCCCGCCUGGGCCGGCGGCCGGCCGCCGCCUCCCGCGGCGGCGGCGGCCGCGGCGGCUGCGGCCGCGGCCGCUUCGGCGUCGGCGGAUGAGGGGGCGAGGCUGCGGCGGCAGUACACAGUGGCGCGCGCCAAGGUGACGGCUGGGCAGUACAUCGCGUCGGACCACAGAUAUGCCAAGGUGGUGGAGCGGAUGACGCUGAAGCGGCGGUUCCCAACAGUGACGUCACUGCUCAAGGGGUUUUCUGAGACCGUUGAGCUGCAGGAGCCGACCUUCCAGGACGUGGUGGUGGUGUACAGGCGCGCCCUGCCGGAGCGCAAGGCCCCGUCCGCGGGCUCCGACGCCCCCAACAAGAACAAGUUUGAGCGCAUGCAGGGCAUCCUCAACUACCGCAACAUUUACGUCAAGGUGUUUGGCGAGACCCCAAUGGCGGACGUCGAGAUCGUGUUCCCCUCAAAGAAGGUCGGCGUCAGGCCCUUCCAGCUGGUCAACCUGGCGGUCACCCUCGUCACCGCGUUUGUCAUGGGCGCCUUCACACUGAUCAAGGGUGUGCCUUUCCUGAAGGGGUGGGACCGGCGCGCUGUCCGCUAG